AUCCCCUUUGGCCUCAGCCUCUCAAAGUCUCAAUGAAACUGAUCGAUUUGCGUCUCUAUAGCAAAGCAUAACCGCGGGCUUAAUACUACGAAAAAGCCCAUUCAAUAUUUUUUUUUUCUUUUUUUCUUAAUGAAGAGAACCCGCGUGUGUGGUUUCGAGUUACCGGUUAGUAUUAUCCUCCGGGAAUUUCCGAGCCUUCCAGUUCAUUCAUAUAUAAUGAUGGCAGAUUGGCCAGGGAAUAGAUCGCAGUGAUAGAUAAGGGGAGGUAACGGUCUUGGAGAAAUGGAGGAACUGAAAGAGGGGAAGGGAUAAUGUUUGGAGGUUUAGAGAGAGUGAUAAAGAAAAGAAAAAACGUUGAUUGUCGUUCACUUGGCAGUCUGGACCACUAAGAUAUAGAGCUUUAUUUUCCCUUUAUGGCUUUCUCUUGUUCUUUUAUUACCUUUUCUUCCUUUGGUCUUUUUAAUGCAAUUUCGUUCAUGAGGUGGUCAUAUAAACAUGUCCAAUUCGCAACAGAGAUGGCCAGCCAGAAAUCAACUAUUUUCCCUACCCCCAACAGGCGCCCUUCGCCAGCCCACGCCAGAGCCCGACGACCCGUCCUUCACCGCAUCUCCACGUCCUUGCCUUUGUCUCCUGAGGUCAGGCACUUCCUCACAAGGUCACAGGAUCCUCCCACGUCCUCCGAACCUUAUGGGCGCCCUUCGCCAGCCCGCGCCAGAGCCCGACGACCCCGUCCUUCGCCGCGUCUCCACGUCCCUGCCUUUGUCUCCUGAGGUCGGGCACUUCACAAGGUCACAGGAUCCUCCCACGUCCUCCGAACCUUAUGGGUAAGACAUCACCAGCACAGCAGCCUCCCGAUCCUUGUCGCCAUUAUGAAGGUCGACGGGAUAAAAGGGGGGAAAACGGGAGCGUACCUGAAAGGGAGAUUAGUGUUUGCCGAAAAGUGAGAUUUUUAUUUUAUUAUUAUUUUUUUAUUUUAUCAUUGUUAUUAUUAUUAUUAGGGGAGGGGGUCGACAU